CGCCUUUCUCGCGGCAGCCUCGGCGCCCUACGCCGCCCGCCCACCCGGGGCUCCAACAGCCCUCGCCUCGGCCUCGCUAGCCCGCCCGCCGGGUUCUGGGCAGCUCCCCCGGGAGCCCGCCGGGAACUCGCGCCCCUGGUGCUCCCGCGGCGCCCGACGGGGCCGGCUGGGGCCAUGGUGCCCUCCCCUGCGGAGCCCGUCGCCGCGCAGGGCACGAGCGAGGCAGAGUCGCUCGGCCCCGCGCCCGUGGGGGCUGCUCCGCUGCCCGACCUGGGACCCUCAGACAGUCCCGAGGCGGCCGCCGAGAAGGUAGAAGUAGAGGUCGAGUUGGCGGGGCCGGCGGGUGCCGAGCCCCCUCAGCCUCCCGAGGGCGGCUGGGGCUGGCUGGUGAUGCUGGCAGCCAUGUGGUGCAACGGGUCGGUGUUUGGCGUCCAGAACGCCUGCGGGGUGCUCUUCGUGUCCAUGCUGAAGACCUUCGGGUCCAAGGACGAUGACCAGAUGGUCUUCAAGACAGCAUGGGUAAGUUCUCUCUCCAUGGGGAUGAUUUUCUUUUGCUGCCCAAUAGCCAGCGUCUUCACAGACAUAUUUGGUUGUCGGAAAACAGCUGUUGUGGGUGCUGCUAUUGGAUUCAUUGGACUCCUGUCCAGUUCUUUUGUAAGUUCCAUCGAACCUCUGUACCUUACCUAUGGAAUCAUAUUUGCCUGUGGCUGCUCCUUUGCAUACCAGCCUUCAUUGGUCAUUUUGGGACACUAUUUCAAGAAGCGCCUUGGACUUGUGAAUGGCAUUGUCACUGCUGGCAGCAGUAUCUUCACAAUUUUGCUGCCUUACCUUUUAAGGGUUCUGACCGAGCGUGUGGGCCUCUUUUACACACUGAGGGUCCUCUGCAUCUUCAUGUUUGUUCUCUUUCUGGCGGGCUUUACUUACCGACCUCUUAUUCCCCGUGUCAGAGAUAAAGAGAGUGGAAUCAAAGGGGGCAACAGAUCCGCCCUCUUUCAAAGGAAAAAGUUCAGUCCUCCAAAAAAAGUUUUCAAUUUUGCCAUCUUCAAGGUGACGGCUUAUGCAGUGUGGGCAGUUGGAAUACCACUUGCACUUUUUGGAUAUUUUGUGCCUUAUGUUCACUUGGUGAAAUAUGUGAAUGAGAGGUUUCAGGAUGAAAUCAAUAAGGAGGUGGUUCUCAUGUGUAUCGGCAUCACUUCAGGAGUCGGACGGCUGCUCUUCGGCCGGAUUGCCGACUACGUGCCUGGCGUGAAGAAAAUUUAUCUACAGGUACUCUCCUUUGCCUUCAUUGGUCUGAUGUCCAUGAUGAUCCCCCUGUGUAAUGCCUUUGGGGCCCUCAUAGCUGUCUGUCUCAUCAUGGGCCUCUUCGAUGGAUGCUUCAUUUCAAUUAUGGCCCCCAUUGCCUUUGAGUUAGUUGGUGCCCUGGAUGUUUCCCAAGCAAUUGGAUUUCUGCUCGGAUUCAUGUCUAUACCCAUGACUAUGGGCCCACCCAUUGCAGGGUUACUUCGUGACAAGCUGGGUUCCUAUAAUGUGGCAUUCUACCUCGCUGGAAUCCCUCCCCUUAUUGGAGGUGCUGUCCUUUGUUUUAUUCCCUGGAUCCAUAGUAAGAAGCAAAGAAAGACCAAUAAAACUACUGGAGAAGAAAAGAUGGAGAAAAUGCUGGAAAACCAGAACUCUCUGCUGUCAAGUUCAUCUGGAAUCUUUAAGAAAGAAUCUGACUCUGUUAUUUAAUGUCUUAUAUACCUUCACCAGACUGGACUUGCUUUUAGAAGUUUAAGCAAGUUUUCCUUUUAUAUGAAUUGCAAAUUUCUUAUUUUUUUAAUCACAUCCUAACAAUAGCAUAAUAAUGGAAAAUAGAACACUUACUACUACAAGAACCCUUUUCUGCCACUGAAUAGCUGUCUGAUAUUUACAUGAGUCUGAGGACAGAUACUCUGGUCCAUGAAAACAUGUCUGAAAGUCAAAUAUGAGAAUUUGAACCUGUCUCAGUAAAAAGUAACUUUGGAAACUGUGAAUGCUAUUUAGCUUCUACAAAUAUUUAAUACCUCAAGCCAUACUGAAAAGGUUGUAGUUUGGUUAGAACUGGGAAUAUUGUUUGUUGUCUCAUGCUGUUUUUAGUUCUGGUAUCUAUCUCUAUUUUAAUUUCUUCUGCUAUUUGGAAACUGUUUACAAAAUUUAAGCCUGGAUUCUAGAUAAUGUGAGAUCUACCUAAACCUUAAGUCUGUGUUGAAGUUCCCUGCCUGCCUGCUGUUAAAUAGACUUUGAAAUGAAGGUGUUCUGACAUGCUCUAUUGUCAGGGAUUUCUUGGAGCAGAUGCUAACAGUGCGUUCAAAAUGAAUAUGUGAGAUGAAAAGGAUCGUGUUCAUAAGGGCAGCGCAGUUCAAAAAUCAGGCAUUUCUUCCAUUUACAUUUAUUCCCUUUGGCUUUGCAGUGUGUUUUACUUGAGUCGCCACAAAUGCCCUAAAUUUCUGAAUUUGUUUAAAUUGUAACAAUAAAGUUAAAUAGAAUG